UUCAAAAUAUUGCAAUUUUCAGAAAGAGCUCAUCGUCAACUUUUGGAAGUUCUGAAUUUGUUAAUGCACAUUUGUUUGAUUCCUUGAACAGCGCCGCUGAAAUUUUCAUCAAAUCGAUCACUGCUGUAAACUGUAAACACAAUCUGUUCGACUUUCCGAGGAUUGUUUAUGGUCUGCUUUCGCAGUGUCGUAUCACUCGUAUGCUUCGCAGUUCGCAUGUUCUCCUGAGUUUUUGAGUUUCGAAUUGAUAGCUUGUUGUUGUUUUGUUGGAAUCAGCUUGAUAACUUUUGGUUCAUGAUUGAUUUAGUUUGUGACGGCCGUAAAGGUACUGUCGGACUUUUGACGAAAUCGAUCGGAUCGACUGCAUUGCGCCGUGGACACUGUUAAUUUUGUUGUUACUUAUUCAUCUCGGAUUCUUGCAUUCUGGUUGCUCUAGAAUGGAGACUCAGCGGAACUUACGGACAUUCGUUACGUCGCGCAAAACCAGCGCUACAAGUUCCAAAAAUGCUGCCGUUGAGAAACUCGGCUCUUCCAAAGUACUGCAGCACUCUGAGAUUAGCACGCCUAAAACAGUUGAUCUACGGCAGCCACGUAAAACCACGGGAUCGAAAGAAAAACCAGCAUCUGCGAAGCCAGUGAUCACAACUCAGCCGCGCUCGAAACAGGCUGCUUCCACCAGUGUUUCGAUUUCUGGUGCGAAAGAUGCCUUGUCGGCACCAGCCAGGUCCAAGCCAUCGAAAACGAUGACACUGAUUGAAUUCCAAAAACUGCGACAGCAGGCUGGUGCGUCAGCCAUGAAAGAAUUUCAAGCCAGCUGCGAUAAACUGGUUAAAACACCGGAGAAACUACAGAAAUCUCCAUUUUACAGUCCUGUUAAACAUCAUGUCAGCACCGCGGAAGUUACGCAGAAUAUUCGUGCACGUCGACAGCUUAAUUUUGGAGCGACACCCAAAGAACAGCUGACUGCUCCGCUGUCAAGCCCAGCAAAAAAGCUGAUCGACAAAGAAACUGUUUUAGACGCUGCGACACCAUGGGAAAUAAGUUUAACACCCGAAAGCGCUUCUGAAGAACAGGAGAAAAUCUCGAAAGAUGAAAUCCGUUCGGAGUUACCGUCAAACGAUGCUGUUGUUGUGGAAGAGCGUCCGAAUCUGUUGGAUUCCCCGUUUAAACAAAAAUUACGUGCUGAAAGUGAUUUGAAUAUUCUUCCCUCCACCAGCGUAUGUCGAACACCGCAAAAGACACCGAAAAAAGAUGCGUCUCUCUCGCCAACAUCCAUGCUGUCACCAGGGAAGAUGGUCAGUUUGUUUAGUCCACAGAAAGGAUUUUUUCGCCGGCCAGUGAAAACGGCAGCGGAUGUGCACAACGAAGCGGCAAGCAGGGACGGUUCCGGGAUGUUGGACGCGGAAGCCGUGCGUCUCCGGAUCACGCCUGAUGGGAAACAGGGAAUGAAGCGAAAAGUUGACGAAGUACUGGAGGCAACGCGAGCAGCCAGGAAAAAACUGGCAUUGGUUAAGGAGGAGCGACAGGGUCUGUUGUAUCGAUUUGCUACGUCCAGCACUAAUGCACCGGUAUACAUAACACAAGCGGAGCAUACCAAACCGGCAACGGAAAGUAAGGAGCCGCCACUGCCACCGAAAAUCAAACUUCUUGAUGAACUCUUCGAACGAGCGGAUACCAUCAUUUGUACUUAUGCGAACCGGGCGCAGUCCUGUUGCUUUGAAAGACUGCGCAACGAUCUGCUGAACUGGAGAAAAGAGCCGAUAACGUAUGCAUCCCUUGGACACUUGAUGCAUUUUUACCCGGAGGCGUAUGUGGUACGACUGGAGCCGAGAUCCACUCUGUUAUCGUGUCCCGAUAAUUUAUCUGGAAAUGCCCGCUGGAAGAGCGUGAAAGAGCACUACGCGGUGUAUGUCCGCGAUGAUACGAAGCCGGUUCUGCCUAAUGAAGAGCUGCUUGUGUCGGUCAAGAUGGAUCCCUUUGCCAGAGUGCGGAGAAAGAAACGAUUCCAUGAAAUCCUUAUGAGUUAUGCAGAGCAGCAACAUAGAAGCUUCUUAGCGGGAUUGCAUUUUGUCUUGCCGGAUGGCGUGAAAGUGACCAACUGGGAUCCUCGAUGGGAUCUGAACAGUGUGCAGUUGCCAGAACCGGCUAAAUUGCCGGACUUUUCAAAACCAACGGAGCCGAGGACAUUUGAACAAGCAUUUAAGCUUACCGAACAGAUAAUUGCUCAGCGAAAUAAACCAAUGUUCGCUCCGGAUACAAAGCAACCGACUGAUAACGCCGGUACUGCAAAAGUGAGCGUUUCUGAGACACCUGUGGAUGAGAAGAUUUUCGAGCAUCCUAGCUUCCGCUACAUGGACGAGGCCACCAAGGCGCGGGUCAGAGAGGCCGAGAUGAAAAAGCGAUUGAAUACUGUAGUCAAAGAUCCGCUUGUGGAAAACCGGAAGCGCCGGCUAGAAAGGAUGGUGUCAAUGGCGCGCAUACUUUCUGGAAAAUUCAGCUCGGAAAGGAAGAUAACGUUUGAGGAAAGCGAUAUCUUGGAUACGAUGAGGCGCAGUCUCGGAAAUGCUCUUACGCCAGAUGAACUGGCGCAGCAUUGGGAUCUUUUUGUGGAAAUUUACGUGAAUGCCGAUUGGAUUUUUCGAUUCAAAUGUGAUGGAAAAUAUUUCAUCCGCAAGAAAAAUUUAGAUUUCGGUAUUUUACAAAUGGAAGAGAUUGUGCAACGGGAAACUGCAAAACUGUCCACGUAAAUUUCACGAUAAUCGUUUGGUGAUUUGAUGAUGAAUGCAUGUAAUGCUCGCUUUUGUUUUACUGGUUUUGUUAGUAGAGAGGUUAAAAUGGGAAAUGAUUGUUGUCUGUGCUGGACGUCCAUCCAGUUUGUUGUUGUUAAAAAAUAACCUGAUUUACGUGAAAAUCCCUAAAGACAA